CUCCAACUAUCUCCAGACACCCCUCCACGCCGCACGACCAGCACCUCAACAUCACCACCACCAUCCGCUCCAUCACACACGACCCGCACACACAAGAAUGGACGCCCUGGUAGCUCAGUACGCCUGUCAGCACGAUGAUUUCUUCGACGAGGAUUCGACCGAGGCCCAGCAACAGCUUAACACGAAGCCCACGCACGCCCAGCAGUUCUCGCUGCCGCCCAUCGCCCAGCCCUCGGCGUUCCUCCGUGCCGUAACCGACGACUACAAGAACCCCGCGUGCCCGAUCAAGCUCGCGCACGGCACCACCACCCUGGCGUUCCGCUUUAAGGGCGGCAUCAUCGUUGCUACCGAUUCGCGCGCCACAGCCGGGAACUGGAUCGCCUCGCAGACGGUGAAGAAGGUGAUCGAGAUCAACGACAAGAUGCUGGGCACGAUGGCCGGCGGUGCCGCGGACUGCCAAUUCUGGCUGAACUACCUUGGGAUGGAAUGCCGGCUCCACGAGCUGCGACACAAGCGGCGAAUCACCGUGGCAGCGGCGUCCAAGAUCCUGGCCAACAUCGUGUACGGCUACAAGGGGAUGGGACUGUCGAUGGGCACGAUGAUUGCCGGCGUGACCGCACAGGAGGGCCCCGCGCUGUACUACGUCGACUCCGAUGGAACCCGCCUCCAGGGUGACCUGUUCUGUGUCGGCUCCGGGCAGACGUUCGCUUACGGUGUCCUCGAUAGAGAGUAUCACUACGAUCUGAGCGAUGAGGACGCCCUCGCGUUGGGAUCGAGGAGUAUUCUGGCUGCUACUCACAGAGAUGCGUACUCCGGUGGCUCGAUAAACCUGUACCACGUCAAGGAGGAGGGCUGGACCAAGCACGGCUUCACCGACACGCAUCCCGUGUUCUGGAAGACCAAGCUGGAGAAGGGCGAGUUCUCGAAUGUCACCUCGGAAUUUUAGAUAGGACAUGAUAGAACUCGAUAACUCGUUGGGUGUGGAAACACCCCUCCCUCUGAUGAGAUGAUGAGAGAUGAGAGGCUUGCCAGUCAGAAAGAAUUCGGGAUUCGGAAUUCGAACUAAGUGAUAUAUCGUGAUUGCAUGACGGACUUGAUCCUUUGCUUUGCGGAAAGCUUGUCUGUUGUACCUAUUGUACCUACGUGUGUAAUCGUAAUUCCAUG